UAUGGCUGCCAGCUGAAGUUUUUACACUUUUUAGUUUUUAAUAUUUUUGUCGAAAAAGAGCAGUUUUUGAGCUUGCUUUUAACAAUUGUGGAUGAAGAAUAUCUGUAUCUUUAAAAAACAUGUUUUGGGGAAUCACUCUAGAUGUUGGAAAACGCUACACUCAGACUGUUGAGAAGUCAUUUCAUCUUUCAAUGGCAGCCUUAGGUUUUAAUAAUCCCACUCCAGAGCCAGUCACUAUAAUGGUUGAAGUAGACAAGGCACAGUUUGCUCUUUGUACUCUUCAGCCUGGUAAAAUCCCUCAGCAAACUUUGGACAUUGCAUUUACUGAAGGAGAGGAAAUCACAUUCUACACUGAAGGCAAUAAUGAAGUACAUCUCACAGGGUAUUUAGUAGAAGAACCUGAACCAGUCGAUGUUGAUGAAAUGGAAGAUUUCUCCAUGGAUAGUGACGAGUCUGCUUCAGAAUCUGAGAGUAAUGAAUCAAGUUCAGAAGAAGGUGAAGAAGAGGACAACGAGACCCUUGAUAAUCCUGUAACAUUACAAAACUUAUUAGUUGGUGAAAAUGUUGCUGAAGAUGAUGAAGCAUCUGAUGAUGACUGGGAUCCUGCUAAGGAGAAUCCUUCACCAAAAAAGAAAACUAAACAGAAUAAAAARACUUUAAAGCUUAAGAAAACUGAAUCAAGUGAAAAAAAUGCAUCCAACGGAGUGCAGAACCCAAGUGGGGUAGCAUCAUUACUUCUUUCCGAACCUUUACCAAGUACUGAUGAUGAAAGUGAAGAAUAUGUUCCAGUUAAGAAAAAGGACAGCAAAACAAAGAAUGUAGAAAAGAAAAAGGGAAAGAAACGGAAGUUGAAAGGAAGCAAUGAAACCAAAGUUACAUCUCCUAAAAGUGAGAAAUUCAAGAAGUUUAAAAAAAGAACUCAGAAAGUUGGUGAUUGACAAAAAUUGCUCAGUUAUGAUCAGAUGAAGUGAAUGUGUAUUGUUACUGUCCCUCCCCUCCCURUGACCUGUUUUAAUACAAUCGGCUGUACAUCCCCUCCCUCCCCUCCCUACGUCCUGUUUUACCCCUGUAMAUGUAUUCCUUCCUACAUUGUAUCACAUAUAGUGGGAUGAAUGCCAUAUAAAUAACUUUAUGACUUAAAAGAUGUUUUCAUUUUCUUAAAGAUUUUUAAGCAUAUAAACAAUGGACCUAUGGAAUUAAAACUUUGACUUUAURUAAAAGGUUCAAAAGGCUUUUAUUAACGUUAAAUGCAAAAGAACAAGAAUUGAAGUAAUGUUGAUAAAUAGGAAGAAGCACAUUUUCAUAGCUAAUUGAAAACAAAGCUCAAGAAACAACCAGCAAUUCUUGAAUUGCAGCCAUUGAUUAAGAGAGAAUGACUGCCAAUUGGAUCAUUACAAACAAACACUAUAGUCUGGCAUCAAUAAUUUACUAUUUUGCAUAUUAAGUAGUCAUGGACAACUAGCAUUUAUUUUGAUUUAGACCAUUUAUAAUAAACA